UUUGUUUUAGUUUUGCGACAAUGUUAUAGGUUCGAUAAGUUGUAUAGGCAAGCAUUAUAUAAUGAAGUAUAGGAAUCGUUAAAACAAUAUGUGGUACCAUUUGAUCGUUGCGGUUUUGCUGGUCAAUUUUAUCAGCAAUACCAACUGCCUUAUAAGGAAUGCCGAACUUCAAGUGACUGCAAGUAAUCUUUCAAGCCAGAUCGUCGGGUUUUCGGUUUGUCCGCAACAAGGAAACGGUCAAACCAACUUGGAAUUUCAGCAAAGCUUGCUGUCAGGUGGCGAUUUAUACGUGGGGGGAACCAACCAAAUAAUUCAGCUAUUUUCACAUAAUUUGACUCUAAACAAGCAAGUUGCAAUUGGACCUGGAAAUGACAGCACAGAUUGUACAGCUGCACCGUUUUGCGAUCAGUCCCCAUGCGGAACAACAGUGCUUUCGUGCAUGAAUAACUAUGUACACCUGAUGUUAAAAUACAGAUACAGUUUCCUAACAUGUGGUACACUGUAUGAAGCCUGUCAGAUGCUUAACAGCUCCACACUGCAAGAGAUUGGGAAUCUUCAGUGUGCAAAUAUGCGACCAUCUUUACGUGAUAAAGCUGCAAAAUUUGUCGCUGCCAUUCACGAAACAGCUCCAAGCAAUGCCACAGACAUUCUUUAUACUGGUGGAAAAAACACAAUUACUGUAUACCGCGUACCGUCCUCAGCAAAUCCUACUUUAACAGCUGAAAUGUUCAAACCUUAUGUGGAAGAUAUGGCUCCUCCGACACGGACAUUCCUCCUUGCCUGGUCAACCCCUACGUACGCGUAUAUAUUAUGGCGACAAAGUGGAACCCCAAGCAAAACCAUGUUGGCACGAUACUGCCAUGCGUCUAUUACAGGCCCGAAUCCGAACGGAGACAGAUCAUACACUGAGACUGAAAUUCGAUGCGAAAGAAGUGGAUCUAGUUAUACAGAACCCAUCCAUGCAUUUCAUGCUAAUGGGACACUGUAUGUUCUAAUGAACCAAACUAACAGUUACAUCAUAUGUUCAACAUCAGUCACUACUUUAAACAGCCAUAUUGAAGGAGCAAGAAGGGAUUGUUUUAGUGGACCUACACGUAAUGCAGAACUGUUCGACAAAGAUGUAAAAAAUUGUGGAAAUUACACGCAUCAAACAUCAUGGUUAACAUGUGAAGUACCUAAGGAUGAUUUUGUCUUCAUUUCCUCACCUGUCCGUUCUCUACAAGCCGUGCAGAUGAGGUUGGAGAUGUCGUGGCCAGUUAGUAAAAUGGAAAAUCCAAUUUCAUUUGUUGCUACAAAAGUAAAUGGUCACGCUGUUGCAUUCAUUGGCACAGACAGAGGAACAAUUGAAAAGGUUAGACUUGGCAAUUCAUCACCAGUGAUCGAAUCAAUCCUAACUCAAUCUAAUGAUGCUGUGCUUGAAAUAAACAUUGAUAAUGCGAACAAACAAAUAAUUGGAAUGACAAAGAACCAGAUUUUGACAUUUGGAUAUUCUGACUGUCAUCGUCAAUACUCAACAUGUGGUUCUUGUUUAUUAUCUCGAGACCCUUACUGCGGGUGGUGUGUGCUUUCUAACAGUUGCACAAACAAGGAAUCUUGUUCAAACUCCCAAUCAAGCAGUCGGUGGGUGGAGCCAGAUUCACCUGUCAAUCAUUGCCCGACUAUUGUGUCGGUUUCUCCUACGGAUAUUUCUGUCAGUACUGUAACCAAGAUGAAUUUGACUUUUGGUGGUAACCCUCUUCCAUCAAACUUGGGCAGUCCUUACAUUUGUAAGUUCAGUGUUUCUGGCAACACUGGCUUAAUCCCAAGUUCCAAUCUUGAUGCUAGAAACCGUUGCACUGUGACUGCAACUUCUGCUGCAAUCAUUCCAACAGGAUAUGAUCAUUAUAAUGUCACUCUCCAACUGAUGUUUAAUGAGAACAUUGUGACAUCUUCAAUUUUUCGCAUUUACGACUGUUCAAGAAUCAAAGAAUUAAAUCCAAAUUCAAUGUGCAGAUCUUGUGUAAACUCACCACAAAAGUGGGGAUGUGUGUGGUGCAACAAACCUUACUCUUGUACACACCAACAAUGUGGUUCUGCCGCAUCACAAAUAUCAUCUUCAACAAACUGCUCUCUGGUUCGAUCUGUUGCAAGUCCAACAGUUCCCAUUUCAGUUGGUCAACUCCAAGAUUUCCAACUUGAAACAAGCAACCUGAAACUGGGUGUGAGCUACCGGUGUCAGUUCCGUUUUUGCGGAAGCACUCAAACAUCUCCAGCCGUCAUAAACAUUUCCUCCAUGAUUGCUUCUUGUUCUAUCAGUCCACAACAGUUUCAGUGUCCUAAAAAAGAAUUCCCCAUUCGAGUUGCGCUUAUAACCGGAGAUUACGUAAUUGAUUCAACCUCAGUAACAGCAAACUCAGUUCAAGGUUUUAACUGCAGUGCUCAAUCAAUUAGUUGUGGCCAAUGUGUUUCUUUCCAUGAGAACUACACUCAAUGUGCAUGGUGUGAAAAUAAAUGCAAACUCACAAGCGCUUGCACCACCAGCCCAAUUACUACCAUUCAUCAGUGUGGUUCACCACAAAUAACCAGUGUUUCUCCACUAUCUGGUCCAUUAGAAGGGGGUACCAUUCUUACUAUCAAAGGCAACAACUUGGCAAGCAGAGUUGAACAGAUUACAAGUGUAAUGGUCGGUUCUAUCCCAUGCAUUGUGAUUGAAAGCUCUUAUACAGCAUCAUUACAGUUUAACUGUCGCACCGGUAGAAGCAUUGGAGAAAUGGUGGGAGCUGUUAUAAUUAACACAAGCUAUUCAAUCAAUGAUGCAGUAUUUACAGAUCAGUUUGUAUAUAAGAACGUUACAGCUAAAAGUUUCAACCCCCUUCAAGUGCUAAACUUAACUGAUGUUGACAUACUGGGUUCAAAUCUCGAUGUGGGUAAUGAAGCAAAACUUUGUGUGUUCCAACAAAGUGAAAACAAAAUGACUACUUGCUCAAACAGGACAAGAAACUUAUUAAAAUGUAAACUUCCAAGUGUUAUGGGUUCAGGGAAGUUCACUCUACAACUCAUAGUUGACGGUUUUGUGAGAAAUUUCAGCCAGCAAAUUGAGUUUGUUUACCCGCCAACUGUUGAACCAAACCAACCGGCAGAAUUCUUUGGAUUCAAAACAGGCAAAGGGACUCUCACUUUGGCUUUGAGUGGGUUAGCUGGUGUUAGGACGGUGGAGCUACAGAUUGAUAAUGGAGUAACUCCUUGUGCUAUUGGUGGGAACUCUACAAUAACAUGCAUCAUUGAACCUGACCAAUCAGCAAGAAGAAAAAGAAAUGUUAAUUCACCUUCGAAGCCGGGUCAGGUACUGCUAAACAAUGUUCACAUUGUCUGGGAGGGAACUAUAAAAUAUGUUGCUGACCCAGCGAUAACACAAAUUGCUGAGCUUCCGUGUAAACACGUAUCUGGCUCAAUACAGGAAACUUCAAACGUUACAAGUUCUGAACAGGCAACGUUUAUCAUUAUCCCGGGUGUUAACCUAAAAACUAUGAACCCCAAACCAAGCGAUUACAAGAUAAGAUUGGUGACAGUGAAUGGUGGGACAUCAGUGACAUGUACUGUAGCUUACGUAACCUCAACCUCGUUGGUUUGUUCAGCUGUUUCAUCACAGCUUGAUACUAUUAGGUCGGAAAAAGUUUCAAUACAGGUUUCUUAUGGAAACUGGUCACUCCCUUCUGUACAGGCAGUAUAUUGCCGGCAAUCAAAUACGAUUAACAUUGUGAUAGCUGUGGUGGUUCCAAUCCUAUGUCUUCUGCUGCUUACCAUCUUGCUACUAAUGCUACGACAGCGGAAAAGAGCUCAAAAACGUGCGAAAGAGAAAAGAGUGAUUCUUGGGAAAUUAGAUGAACUGGAAAACAGAACUAGAGAAACUGCUCGAAAUGCUUACUUCGAACUACAGGCAGGAUAUAUGACAAAUCUAAAUGAGAAUUUAUCACACCGGAUAAUCUACCUACCACCAUGGGAGUAUAUCACACAAGUAUUGUUCAAUCAAAGAUCAGGACAUCCUGUCUUGGAUGAAAAUGCAAUGGUAGGACAAGGAACUGUGAAACAAGAUGCUCUCAAAUCUUUGUUGUCAGUGAUCAAGAACAAGGAUGUUCUUCUUGUUCUUGUCAGGACAUUGGAGGAGCAAAGAAAAUUUACCGUUCAAGAAAAAGGAAACAUGGCUUCAUUGUUAACUAUAUGUCUGUUUGAUGAUCUUCCAUAUUAUACCAGGGUAAUGCUGGAACUGUUAACUGGCUUAAUACAAAAGCAUGUAUCAAGGAAUCCAAAACUACUUCUUAGAAGAUCAGAAUCAGUUGUGGAAAAGAUGGUUUCACAUUGGUUGUCAAUCAAUUUAUAUGAUGAAUGUAUUAACGAACAAGCGGGAAAACCUUUAUUUCUCCUGACCAAGGCAGUCCAUUAUUUGGUCAGUAGUGCUCCUUGUGAUGUCAUAGCCAAAAAAGCCUUUAAUAGUUUGAAUGAAAUGACAUUGUUGGGGACUGAGCUUCAAUAUGAAACUGUGGUCUUGCAUGCAACAAUCGUUGAAGAAGGGGGAAAGGUUACAACUUCUGUAGAUGUAAAAGUUGUGAAUGUCGACAGCAUUAAACAAGCCAAGACAAAGAUCAUUGAAGCUGUAUACAAGGAUAAACCAUACAGUGAAUGCCCCAAACCAGAUGACCUGGAUUUUGCGUUAAUGAACAGCAGUGAAUCAACUGGCAUUACUUUAUCUGAUGUAGAUGGCAUGUCAGUAGUUGAUGGGAAAUACACUAAGAUAAAUACUCUCAAACAUUACAAUGUUCCUGACAACGCUGUUGUUGUACUAAGACCUCAUGAUGUCGAAAAUCAAGCUCCUCAGGAUGUUUCAUCGCCACUUCUACCACCGAAACAUAUGUAUCAUUUGAUUAAUCCAAGCGAAGAAGAGCAAUCAAAUGGAUAUACGGAUGUUCAAAGUGAUGCAGGCAAGAAAGCUGACGAAAUGUUGGAUAAUUUGAUGAAGAGACCGUUCCAGGAAAUGUUCCUGACUAGGAUGGUGAAAGCUAAGACAACAAUACAGGAAUAUGUGGAUGGUGUUUUCAAUUCAAUUUUACGACCAAAACCAAUUUCCAAAACUGUCAGAUACUUCUUUCAGUUUCUAGAUCGUGAGGCAGAUAGACACAAAAUAAAUGAUCCAGAAGUUUUACAUAUUUGGAAAACUAACAGUCUUCUACUGCGUUAUUGGGUAAAUGUUCUCAAGAACCCCGAGUUUGUGUUCGAUUUAAACAAGACAGACAUCGUUGACAGCUGUUUGAAUGUCAUUACCCAGGCGUUCAUGGAUGCUUGUACCACCACUAACCGCAAACUUGGGCACGACUCACCAUCUAAUAAGCUUCUCUAUGCAAAAGAUGCAGACAAUUAUAAAGUCAUGGUUAAAGAAUUUUUCAUUAAUAUUUCCAACACUCCAACUGUUACUCAAGAAGAAGUUACACAAAUUCUACAAAAACAAUCAGCGAGUUAUGCAUCCCGGUUCAAUCAGAUGGUUGCACUAAAUGGAAUAUAUGAGCAUCUUGUUAAAUAUAGAGAACAGGUAAUGGAAGCACUUUCUACGAGUGAUAAUGAAGUAGUCCGUGAUGUUGGAACAAAACUCGAUGAAAUAUUUCGAAGAAUGGGAGGGGAAAGAAAUAGCAACACAACAGUUGUUUAAUAGAAUGUGGUUGUUGGUAGUUUACAACUCAACAGCGACAAAACUUGGAUUGUUGCAAUACAAAAAGACUAUAGAACGUUACACAUUUAUGUAAAUCAUUAUAUUACUUGUGAAAUGGUUUGCAAUACGAUACCAUUUUGUUGUCCUGACUCUUGACUAAGUUUUUGUAUUUUGACCUAUUUGUAUUUUGUCAUAACAAAGAAAUCGCAAUUUAAAUAAAAUUGUUUUAUUUAAGACUUUUACAAUGGAACGUGGCGCACCGAAAUAAUUGUAGCUUUUUUACCACCUGAUUUGUUGAAAUAUGUUUGCUGCAUACUUUAAGCACACACAUACCACCUAUAAUUUAUAAAACCCAAUUCUAUUCUACCGAAAUUGCCGCCACUGAUUUUCGCACACAAUCAGUUAAACACAACUGAUGCAGACUCAAAGUCGAACGAUUAAAAACGGAUUAGAAGCA